GAAAGAGGAAGGCGGAAUUUAAUGCGACAAGAAUUUCAAAGAGAAGAUUCCUUGUUAAUAGUGCCAUCACACAAGGAAAAUGCUCCAUCUGUUACUUUGUAGACUUGAAAGAGCAGAACGAACUACUACUGAAGAGGAUUCGGGCUGGUGAAUUCAUUGCAUUACAUGGCCCAAGAGCUUCUGGUAAAUCCAUGCAGGCACUAAUGAUCCAGGAAUGGCUACAAGAAGAAGG